CUCUAGGCCCGCCCCGCCCGGCCUGAGGGGAGGAACCGGCCGGCCGGGCCUCGCCGCGCGGCCCGACCUGCUCCGGAGUGUUCCCUGGUCUUCGCUGCGCUCUGCACCCGAGGCUACUCCUCGCGCCUUAGGCCGACGCCAUGAAGAUCAAGGAUGCCAAAAAACCCUCUUUCCCAUGGUUUGGCAUGGACAUUGGGGGAACUCUAGUGAAGCUCUCAUAUUUUGAGCCUAUCGAUAUCACAGCAGAGGAAGAACAGGAGGAAGUUGAGAGCUUAAAAAGCAUUCGGAAAUAUUUGACUUCUAACGUAGCAUAUGGAUCUACUGGCAUUCGGGACGUACACCUUGAACUGAAGGACUUAACACUUUUUGGACGAAGAGGGAACUUGCACUUUAUCAGAUUUCCAACCCAGGACCUGCCUACUUUUAUCCAAAUGGGGAGAGAUAAAAACUUCUCAACCUUACAAACGGUGCUGAGUGCUACAGGAGGCGGUGCUUACAAGUUUGAGAAAGAUUUUCGCACAAUUGGAAACCUCCACCUGCACAAACUGGAUGAACUUGACUGCCUUGUAAAGGGCUUACUGUAUAUAGAUUCUGUCAGUUUCAAUGGACAAGCAGAAUGCUAUUAUUUUGCUAAUGCCUCAGAACCUGAGCGAUGCCAAAAGAUGCCUUUUAACCUGGAUGAUCCUUAUCCACUGCUGGUAGUGAAUAUUGGCUCAGGAGUCAGUAUUUUAGCAGUUCAUUCCAAAGACAACUAUAAAAGAGUGACUGGAACAAGCCUUGGAGGGGGCACCUUUCUUGGUUUAUGCAGUUUAUUGACUGGCUGUGAAAGUUUUGAGGAGGCUCUUGAAAUGGCAUCCAAAGGUGACAGCACCCAAGCUGAUAGACUGGUCCGAGAUAUUUAUGGAGGAGAUUAUGAAAGAUUUGGUCUGCCAGGUUGGGCUGUGGCAUCUAGUUUUGGAAAUAUGAUUUAUAAGGAGAAGCGAGAAACUGUUAGUAAAGAGGAUCUGGCGAGAGCUACUUUAGUUACUAUCACCAAUAACAUUGGCUCUGUGGCGAGAAUGUGUGCUGUUAAUGAGAAAAUAAACAGAGUUGUCUUCGUUGGAAACUUUUUACGUGUCAAUACUCUCUCUAUGAAACUUCUGGCAUAUGCUUUGGAUUACUGGUCAAAAGGUCAAUUGAAAGCAUUGUUUCUAGAACAUGAGGGAUACUUUGGAGCCGUUGGUGCACUUCUUGGACUGCCAAAUUUCAGCUAAAACAUCAGAUACUCACUAAGAAAUGUCAUCCAGAAGGAACUGGUCCAGAAACUGCGUUCAUUGUUUGUCACUGGGAACCAAAGGAUGAAAGAGCUACGCUGUAUGUGUUGAUUUUAAAUGUCAGAAUGGUGAGCUCAAGAGCUUUGCUGCCUGGGAAGACCUCUGUAAUGGAAAGUAUUCCUCAUUGAUUGUCCCCUUGUGUGUAUAUAUAGCCAGCGUUCCGUCUUAAAUGCAAUACAGCCUCUUGAUUGUUGAACUUUUCUCAAAAAAUGAUUUUCUAUUUAUUUGAUGUAGCCAACAUUGUAGUACUGUAUGCUCAAACACAAAUCUUCAAAUCUCAGAAAUGUUUGCUAAUGCAAAAUAAUUAAUACUAAAUAUUUGUUUGGAGUCUGUUUUAUGUAUGUUUGGUUACUAGUGAACAGGAAGUAACAUCCUCUGUAUCAUAAUUUAUUGUACUGGCAAUCAAAGAUGAUCAUUUUCUAUGACUUUAGAAAUGUUAAGGCAAUAUUAAGUAUUAACUGUGGUAGUAGUUUUAUAACAUAUCCUCCUCAAAAAGCAUGUGUCUAUGACUUUUUUCCCCAUAAGUACAGUUUUCCACUCAGUUGAUGAGUAGAAAUACUGUGUUUAAACAUGAACCUGAAUUUUUCUUUUGAAUCUCUGAAAUUUUUGCACAUAUUUGGUGGUGUUACAUUUCUUUUAUUUCAUGCAUUAAUCAGUAUAUGUGUUAAGAUGUUUUAAAAUUGAGGGCAUAAUCGCCUACUUUGGAAUCUGUCUGAUUAAGUCCUUGGACUAUUCAAAUGGAAUACAGUUAGAGUGAGUGACAUUCUGUUCUCUUUCCUUACCAUGUGUAUCUCAGGCCCAGACAUACAUACUUCUUUCUUCCCAUUAAGUCUGAACUGUGAAAGCUUAUUUAAUCCUACAAACCAUAGUGAUGGACAGAAUCAGAUGUUGUCUAAAAGGAUGUUGUAAAAUUGGGACUCGGAGACAGUAUUACUGAGUUACAAAUGGAUCAAUAUUCAUAUUUUUUGGCCAUAAAAGCAUUGAGGAUCCAAAAUUGAUGUUUCCUUCUGCCUUGGAAUUCUUGAUUUUGAAUUUCUGAUUUUUAUAAAGUUAAAUCUCAGAUUUUACAUUUGCAGUAACAUUUUGGAGGCUAGUAGUUCCAUAAAGUUGAGUCUGUAAAGGCAAUGGUCUUGUAUUAAUUACCAAUAUCUCUGGAAAUAACCUUAAAGAGGUUAGAAAUUGUUUACAUUUCAAAAAAUAUUUCAAUAUGGUUUCUGAGACCCCAGUGUUGAGUAGUGAGAGCUUUCUACCAGAUUGUCAAGAGGUGCUUGAUAAGACAGUUCUCCAUGUAGUAUUCAGAUUUUAUGUGGAGGUAUUUAAAGAUACGAACAUACAAAUAGUAUCUGCAGAGGGAAGCAUAUGAAGAUAAGUGUUUGCCCAGUAGACUGCUUGGAACUUGGAAAUGAGCCCACUCGAGGUUGUCUUUGUCAGUGUUUGUGUAGAAGUGGCCAGUUCCAGCUGGAAUGCCACUGACUGCUUCCUUUGUUUAAAUGGUUUUGACUCAAGUGUUCAUGCAGAUAAGAAAAUAAUUAAAUGAUAGAAACUGCAGAUGUUCUACCUGUGGAAAUUCUAUAAAUCAGCAACUAUAGGUUUAGGACUAAGAAAAGAAUAGUGUUCAUAUUCACUUGAUCACUAUACUUUGAUUAAUGUGGAACUAACAUUUUAUCAUUUGGAACUGAAAUUACCUACUAAAAUCCAUGUAACAUGAACCAACUAGCUCAUUGGUUUACCUUUUUCCAAGUGUAAUCUGUAAUUAUGAAUUAAUAACAGAAUCAUGAUUGAUAAAGGCUGCCAAGAUUCUAAUCUGCUUUACAUUGCUCUUGAGAAAUUCCCUGUAAACUUGUUGUUAUAAAUAGGUUUGCUUUUAAUAUCAGUCAGCCUGAUUGAAGGUCUGUGGUUUGGUUUUUGUUGUUUGUUUGUUUGGGUUUUUUUUUUUUAGGUUUUUGUGUGUGUGUAUGUGUGUUUUUUGUUUGUUUGUUUUUGUGUUUUAGUUUUUCAAGACAGGGUUUUUUGUGUAACAGUCCUAGCUGUCCUGGAACUCAUUGUGUAAACCAGGCUGGCCUCAAACUCAGAAACACCUCCUUUUGACUCCCGAGUACUGGGAUUUGUGUGCCACCACCACCCAACUAAGGUCUGUGUUCUUAAGCAGUGCUGUUUAAUAGAAAUAAAGUGUAAACCAUGUAUAAUUUUAUAUUGUUCAGUAACAUUAAAAACUAAGAAGAAAUAGAUUGCAGUCAUUUUAGUACAUGUGGGUUUUAUGUCCUUUUUUUUUUUCUUUUUAACCGAUGUAUCUAAUGUGUUAUUUCAGUGUGAAAUCAGUGCAAAAAGUGUAUUGGGAGAUAUAUUUUGCCCUCUUGUUUAUUUUUGUUUUGAGUUAUUUAGUCUUUGUCGAUGUACAUUUUAAAUGGCACAUCUCAAUUUGAACUGACUACAUUUAAGAUUUCAUAACCAAAUAUAUAAAUAGUGCCCACUGUGUUAGUGUUUUUCUAGAACUUCUGUUUUUAUUUUUGAGACAGAGUCUCAGCUAGUCUAGCCCUGGCUGGCCUGGAACUGGCUAUGUAGACCAGGUAAACCUUAAAUUCAAGAAAUCCACCUGUCUCCUGGCUACUGAGAUUAAAGGUGUGCUAAAAUUACUUAAAAGAGAAGACUAUUGUGUGUCCAUGAGAACUUUAUUAAUAUGAGCUUUUAAAAGAAUGAGAUGGGGGGGGCUUUUUUUAAAUAUAAAGAUCAUUUAUUUGAGCCAGUUUAUUUUGCACAGUCAAGCUGUUACUAUUCCAAAAAUACUAUAUGUUGGCAUCGUGUCAUCUCUUGUAUGGGAUUUUUCUAAUAUCUGAUACUGAUAAAACUGCCUGUGAUAACCCUAGUAGUUAACAAUCUCCAAUCUCCAAACUAAUGGAUUUCCUUCAUGGAAGCAAAAUUAAUUUCAGGGACUUAGUUUCUAAAGUUUCUGAGUUUUGUGCAGUCAAUUGUGAAAGAUUACCCAGAAACACUUUUUAACUCAUUGCUGUCUUUUAUAUGUACAGAGAAUCUUUAUAAAAAUUCUGAUUAACUUCAAAUGCUAAGAGCAUUGUCAGCCAUGGUUUUGGUGGUAAAAUACACAUACAGAUCUAAAGCACCACCACUCCUCCAGAGUGUUGCCUUUUAACUAGCCGAAUCCCAGGCUUCUAAUACACAGGUCACAUAGGUUAGCACAGCCUUUCCCUCUGUUUCUCUAAGUAGGUGGGGAAGUAGUGGGCCCCUCCUUUGGAUAAAGUCAUUGCCGAGGUCAGUAAUGUACAUGAUAAUUGAAAGCCAGCCUCUCGAGGUUCUCAUUAUUUGCAAAACUUGGACUCUUGAAAAACUCUUAAUUGAUGUUGCCCCUGAGAAUGCAUAUGUUCGCUGUGUUUGAGGAACCGUUCCUAAAAGGUAAUGCUGUUUGGGGGUUACAUUCUUGGGUGAAAAGCUUGGCCUGGCCAUAGUUUCCAAAUGUCCCCUAUAAAACCACUUUGUUAGAAACAAAGUUUUUUCAUAUUAGUUUAUUUGUAUCUUUCUUUUGUUGAGCACUUUAUCUUUGUUAAUGUGUUGCAUUUGCGAAUAUAAUUCAGAAAUUCUAAGUUAUGUUAAAAAUUGAAGCUUAAUGAAAAUGAAUGUCCAUUACUUUGCAUUCAACUUUUGUGCUAUAUGUAAACAAAAUAAUCAAAAUAUAUUCUUUUUGAAAAUACUCUGAUUUUAAGAUGAUUGCUUCAAAAUGUCAAUGUUUUCUUUUCCCAGCCAAGCCCCUGUUCACUGAGUUUUAUGUUCUGGCAGUGACGCAGACAGGCUGAGUGUGUUAUGUUCUGGCAGUGAUGCAGACAGGCUGACUUGUCAUUUGUGUCAUCAGACAAUCUUUGGUUUGGUUUUUCUGGGUUGUGGGGUUUUUGUUGUUUGGUUUUGUUUUGACAGUUUCUCUGUGCAACAGUCCUGGCUGUCCUGGAACUCAUUUUGUGCUUGUCUGAAACUCACAAGAGAUCCUGUCUUUCUCUGCCUCCCAGGUGCUGGUAAGAAAGGCAUAUGCCACCACAUCUGGCCUGCAUCCCAUAAUCUUACAAAAUUACUUUUUGUUUGCAGUUUGUAACAAGAAUUAUCUUUUCUGGUGAGUCUCAUAAUGUGAUUUUUCUCCUUUGAAGAUUGUGAUGCUGAUUUAAAACAUCAGUGUGAAAAGAUACUGUCCCAGGUUUUCUGCUGUCUUAUUUCUACUUAACAAAAGGUUAAACUGUUUUGGACAGCAGCUCCCUGUUGGCUACACUGUGCUGUCUUGUAUAUAUAUUCAAUACAUGUGGAAUUGAGAUUUGAUAAUGUUUUAUGGUGUGCUGGUCAUUGGCCCAGCUUCUUUGAAUGUCACUGUCUUUAUUUGUAAACUGGGAAUUCAGUGGCUACUGUGGAAAUGACAUGUCAGGAGCCUGAGAACAGCUGCUUCAUUCCUGGCAAUGCUUCUUUCUGGCUUUUAUUAGUUUGUGCUAAUAAGUACUUACAAAACCAGAAAAACACUAUUCUCCCUGGUUACCAUCUAUGAUAGCUGUUGGAAAGUGUGUGCAUACAUUCAUCUAUGAAGUACCUUGAAUUUUUUUACAGUUAUCCUAAAAAUUAUGUAGGGAUUAUUAGUACUUUUCAUUUGUACAAGAAAAAAACUACACCUUUAAAUUCAGAGAGUUAAAGCCCAUCUGAAAGUUUUGUAUAUGUCCAACGCGUGGUUCCCAGCCACAUUUACAAAACGAAAAAGGAGUUACGUGCAAGUAAGUUGAGGUGGGUGGACCUAAUGAGGCAGACAGAAGACCUAAAAUCUCUUUACUGAUCUUAGUGGGACAGACAGUGUGCCCGGCAGCAAUGUCCUUCUAAAAGUCAGUGUGAGUUAAUGCUGGAAUUUUGCUGCUGGCUUCCAGCACUGUGCUUGGGAAUCUGAUCUUUAUUCACAAACUAGUUUGGGUUUUGGGGAGUGUUUGUUUGUUUGGUUUGGUUUUUCAAGAGUGGGAAUAAAGGUGUGUGUCACCACCGCCUGGCUACUGGUUUGUUCUCUAAACAAAGGUUUUGGUUUUGCAUAGCUGAGUGUCAUGGUCCUAAUCGUGCAUGUAAAUCACUCCUGCAGUAAGUGAGGUUCAGAUACAUGGUUACUCGUGCCUACUGUUUGAGCUAAGCGCAUUUCUGUCUUUAACUGAAGUCGAAAGGCAUUCUUUUCAGUUCUGCCCCGUUCUGAUGAAAUCAAUCCUAGGUAUUUUCUGUCCCAUUUUUGAGUAUUUUUAAAUUGGGGAUUAUUCUACUUAUACAUGUCACUUCAGUGUAAGCUGCCUUACUAUAUUGGUGGCAUUAUUUUUGUUAUUCCAAGCUUUGUUAUGUUUAGAUUCUUCUAAUAUUAAAUCUUAUGUAAAAAUGUAUGAUGUGCUACAAACUUUAUGCAUAAUAAAAACUAAGUUAUAGCCUAUUGUAACCUAUAAAACAUUUCUUGUAAAUUACCUAAUUUAUUUUUCCAUUUAUGUACAGUAUCUUAAUGUAAAAAUUUUAAAUAUUUGUUGUGGCCUGCUCUGUAAACAUUCCCACACUUUUUCCUUUAAUGCUUAUUUGCAUGAUAGAAUCUUAGAUUCUACUUGUUUGUCCCAUGUGGCCAGCCAUUAAGCCAGCUUCAGGGUGUCUACCUUUUCUGUAGUUUCUAACUUUUUCUAAUUUGUUAAUAUUCUAAAUAAGUGUUAGAAUCAUGCCUUUUAUACCCUACUUUACAAAUAAAUUCUCUUAUUUACUA